AUGGAGUCAACCCACCUCGCUGCAGACCCAAUUUCAGAAGCUCGGGCCUUGGUUACUGAGCUCUACUCACCCACCAAUCAAAGACAGCCCGCGCGCAUUAACGAGAUCCAGGCGCGUCUCCAGGACCUGCAAAGAAGUGAAUAUGCUUGGCAGAUUGCAGAUGCUUUGCUAGAAGGACCUACUUCUCACCACCGGUUCAUGGGCGCGCUCACAUUCACGGUCAAAGUGAACGUCUCAAGUCAAGAUGUCGAUUCGUCCAUGUGCGCCCAAGUGCUGAAGCGUCUAGUCACCCACUUUGUGGAGCUGGUGAGGCAUGGCGAGCAACCAAUGGUGAUUCGUAAACUCGCCUCCAGCUUAGUGACCCUCUUCAGACACUCAAAGUGUCAGGUUGAAAGACUGCUGUGGCAGGUUGCAGCCAGUCUGGCCCAUGGUGGCUUUGUUGAUGAGCCACAAGCCCGGACAGUGGACUUUGCCGUCACUGUGUUGCCGAAUCUGAACACUCAGCAGGCAACGGCUCUCCUCUUUCUCUCAGUCACCCUGGCCGAGGUCUCAUCACGACUUGAAGAUGAACCGCUUGAACUGGUGGGUCCUGCCCUAAGACGUGCCAUGACCAACACACAGGAUGGCUUGCUGCUUGUUCAGUACGUUCUUGGGCGGAUUUCGGAGAUGAGUGCGGAGGCAUUGGAUCUCCAGGUUCGACAGACAUUGGGUAGUGAAGCAAUGAGCUCAUGGAAAGCGUGGCUUAGUGUUUCUUCAUCCCGUUCCAUCCCAGAUGCUGACGAACUCCACCUUCUCGCUAUUUCUUGCGGCCACACUAUCAUCGAGACUUUAAGGGUGCCUGUUCUCAGUGAGACUGCGGCCUCGACGUUGACUUCAGUGUUUGAAAGCCGUCGUCCUGCCUUUGACGAGGCCUCAAUUCGGGCACUAUCGCACAUCCUGGCCGAUUCAGACGUUACGGCUCACAUCAUCUCACUCUCCGAAGGGCAUGAAGCCCCAGAGAGUAUGACUUUUGUUGAUCUCUUAGUAGCCUUUUUGUCUCACCUUCAAUUGAAAAUCUUCAAUGAGCCGCUCAGCCCUGAGCAUGUCAAGAUCCUUACCGUCGCCCACGGCAUUUUUAAGGCACCAGGCUACGCCAUCAUUGACGAUGCUGCAACUCCCCGUGUCCUAGAAUUCUGGAACGAGAUUGCCGAAGGUGUUCUUGAUGAACUUGACCAUAACGACUCCAAGUGGCAAAUAAUCAAAACCCAUCUGGCACAAGUCGUGCUCGGCCUGUUCAACAAACUACUAUAUCCCACCGCUGAUGAUCAAGCAGAUUGGAGCGAUGACGAACGAAGCGAAUUCAACGCUUUUCGUCAUGACGUCUGCGAUUAUCUCCUCUCGGCAUAUCCCAUUCUCGGUGUUGAGCUCGUGAGUGUUUUUCAAGAAAGUGCGACCAGUCGCCUUCAAACCGGCGACUGGCGUGGAUUCGAAGCCGCCAUGUUUUGCCUAGCUCGGCUCUCCGAGGCAGUUGAUGAGAACGGACAUGCAGAUCCAUGCUUGGAUGCCAUCUUUGGCAGCGAUGCCUUCUCCAGGUUGUGUGCCGGUGGGGCGAACGACGUGCCGCUGAAGGCCCGGCAAACCUUGGUGGAUACGUUUGGCAAGUACGAAUCCUAUUUUGAACGUCGUAAGGCGCUGCUCCCAGGGGUUCUUAAUAUUCUUUUUGAAUCCCUGAACUUUGAAUCCUGUGCGCAGGCAGCUUCUCGAUCCUUUUUGACCCUUUCAAAAUCCUGCUCUCGUGCGUUGACAACAGAGCUACCCAUCUUUAUGGACCAACUGGAUCACUUCCGAACCAAGUCCACGGCAACUUCGUCGACCAUGCCCAAGGUCUUGGAAGGCAUCGCGGCAAUCAUUCAAAGAAUGGAGUCGGAUGAGCAGAAGGUUGAGAAUUUGGAGCGGAUCUUGAGGUUCUUUGUUCAAGAAGCAGCCCGGGCUCGCGAUGAGGCCGCCAACUUGGGCCAGGAGCUCGCUUGCUCACACGGCUACUUGAUCCUUAGCUGUAUUGCCAGCAUCGGUAGAGGCCUGCGGUCAGACGCGGACGAGGUGAUCAACAUUGAUCCAACUACCACUGAGCAGCGCAAUGAUGAAUAUGCCUCGGUAUUUUGGAGUGCGGGUCCCGGAUUCCAGGCACAGCAGCUCAUCAUGGAGACGAUGCGGCUGCUGGUUGUUGAUUUUCCCGUGGACAGCAACAUGAUCGAUGCGGCGUGCGAUAUCCUCAAGGCGGGAUAUACCGAAACUUCUGGUCUCUUUGUGUUUCCUCCUUCCAUGACGGUUGAUUUCAUUCAGAGUUUCCCACUAGGCAUAUCUGGCACCGACGUCAUCAUGGGAACAGCCUCAUCCUUCUUGGCAUCACAUGCAUCCCACUUUAUGCGUAUCCGGGGUGAAGCGGUCGCGCUGAUGCGUCACGUUGCUCAGCUCUUCGUUUCAAUGCUCGACCACCCAGAGCUCUACGAUCCCGAGACUGCCAACGCUUGCGUUGAUUUCUACACUCGCCUCAUCGCCAAGUACUACACGCUUCUCUUCUCUUUAACCGAUCCACUCCCUUCUCUGAACUCCGAGUCAGCGUAUCGGACUACUCCUGUCUUUGCAAUCCCCUUACACUUUGCUCUUCAGGCACUCACCCGAGCCGAGGCGCUGACGCUUCGCUCGGCUACCGCUUUUUGGGUCACCCUCAUUGACCUUCGAGGCGAAUCGCCGGAAGAGACUGCUGCUCUGGAUCAGGUGCUUGAUCAGUUUAUCUCUCCACUUAGUCAAACUCUCAUUCACCAGAUCUCCGGCCACUGCGCACGGUCGAAUCUUGGCUAUCUCAGCGACGUUCUCCGUCGGCUCAUAUUCAAAAAGAUGGGGCUCGCUCGCCCUAGCAUCAGCCAUGCCUUGGCCGCGCUAGAGCCUCGCAGUGCCAAUGAAUCUGCACCACAAGGCUCAUAUCUCAGUGCCCAGGAAAAAUCUCGCUUCUUGGAGUCGCUCGUUGUUGCGCGCGGAGCACGUCAACAAUUCAUUGAAGUCGUUCGGACCUUUUGGCUGAAAUGCCGCGGUAUGAGCUAUGAUUACGCUCGGUGA